AUGAUUGUGGAGAGUGUACGUGGACGAGAUGAGUUGUCCAAUUAUGUAGUUGAUUUCCACUUGUAUGGCUCAACGGUUACCGGUUUUGGUUCCAAGAACUCGGACUUGGAUGUUUUUAUGAAUAUUGAAGCAAAUAUUCAUUCUGAGUUGGCUGAGAAGGAUGAUAAAAAUGGUUGUUUGGAGAAGAUUAAGAAGAUUUUGCGACGCAGCUCAUAUUUUGAUGGUCACUAUCGAGAGGUGGUGUUUCUCGCAAAAGCCAAGGUACCAAUCAUUUCGAUGACCUUACUCGAGAAAUUCAAUCACAUCAAUGUGGACAUCAGUGCGAGUUCGCUUGAAGGAGUGCACAACUCGUAUUUAUUCAAGCACUACAAUAUGAUCGAUGAACGCUUUGCUCAACUCUAUCUUAUGGUAAAGGAAUGGGCGACGGUGAACGAUAUUUGCAACUCACAGGCUGGCUCGUUAAAUGGAUUCUGUUAUUGUUUGUUGGUGCUUCAUUUUCUCCAGAGUGGAGUCACUCCACCCAUUCUUCCGAAUCUUCAAAAAUUGUUCCCUGAAAAGUUUGCAAUGACGAGAAGGUUGGAUGAGUUGCAAAGGGAUACAGACGAAAAACUGGAUUUCGAUAGAGACUCUAUCAACGAGUCAACAAUUGGUGAGCUUUUCCUGGGAUUUUUCGAGUACUACAAGAAGUUUUCAUGGAAGACAAAAGGCAUUUCGAUACGACGAGGGGAAACUUUUUUAAGACCCAAUGAGAACAAGGACUAUGUUUAUGUGGAGAAUGUGUUCAGUGAAACGAAUGCGGCUCGAGUACUUCGAACUCACCGCAGCUUCAAGAUUUUUCUGUAUGCAAUUGAGAAGAUGGUGGAGAAUUUCUCAAAAACCGCAUCACUUGAUGACAUUUUAAAAAAGAUUGAAAUUCCAAAAGGCUUGAUGAGCCUCAAACAAUUGGAUAAAGAAAAUAUCAGGAUUCAAGGAAGAAAGAGAAAAAUCACCGCAAUCAGCGACUCUGCACUGAAACAAUUGGAGUUGAAGGACAACAAUGGGACCACUUCGCUGUAUAAGGACAAAUCAAACGUCUUCUACGUGAUUUAUCGCCCGACGAAAAAAGUGAUCAUCAAAAGUAUGCCGGAGGCUGAGGGGAAAAUCAUCGCCAAUCGACUAAAUCUUCUCUUUGCUGGACUGUACGAUGACCCAAUCCGACAAUUGCCUGACAACGAGCUGGAGCGAAUCGCUGUAUUUACUCUCAAAAAUCCGAGUUGGACUGAGAUCCAUUUGGCGGCGGCGCUCGGACUGACCCGAACGCUGAGCUUUCUCUUCGAAAGAGACGCUGUUGUGGUUGUGAACACGCCCACCGAGGACGGACUUUUACCGCUGCACAUUGCUUGCGAGUACAAUCAGUAUGAAGCGGCCAUGUUGUGCACAAAAGCCGGCGCUCAAGCUUCAAAAAUGAACGCUCGAGGGCAAACAGCGUACCAUUUAGCGGCAAAAAGUGGAGAUAUGAGAUUAAUGAAGACU